UUAUAAUGCAUGGAUAAAAAACAAAGCCUUUUGACGAGAAAAAUGUGAUAUUAACGGGUUUUGGCUAUUUAUCAACUGACACCACCAGCAAUAUGCUCCCCUUGGUAGCUCACAAUUCAGUUGUAAUCUCCAACGUUUCGUUUUUCUUAACGCAUAACCAUAUUGAUGUGACUCGGUUGCAAUGUAAAUAAAUGUGAAUGUAUAAGAAUUUACUGUAAAAAAAAAAAAAAAAUCGCAUGUUGCUAAAUUUAGCUACCUGGCUAAUGCUAGCAUGUCAACGUUAGUUAGGCCUCGUGCUAACGAUGACGAAGCUAGCUUCCGAUUCGUAGUGAGUGAUUCGGCUGUUGUAUGUAGUUCUGUUAUAUUAAAAGUAUGUUUAGCCACACAUUAGAUUAGAUCCAGUGAUAAGAGAAUAAAAAUCAAACUCAAAAUUACUCGUGUAUGAAAUACCUGAGCCGGGGGUGGGUCGGUGGCUUGUGGAGUAAUAAAAAUUGUCCUUUUUAAUUUUGGCACCACAAAAUAGUGUUUUAAAUGAACGUAGACGACAUUUGGCAUUUGAAUGCCUUAUAUACUUUAAACUAAAGCAUAUACAAAGCAAUACUGACAAAUAAAGAGCCGUAAAAUAGCUGUUUAGUUCAUAAACAGGGACCUACGAAUCGGAAACUAACUUCAGUGUCGUCUCAGGCCGGGGUUAAUCAUUUUUCUUUCGAUUUAGGAACUUUUGGGUAGACAAUAACCUUAAACAAUCAGAAUAUUUGGGCAUUAAAAGUCAGGCUAUCCAAAUUGCUGUUUAUAUUUUAGAAAGAGCGGAAUUGUUUGGAAUCUCGAUCCCUUGAUAGAAAUUUCUAGAACGUCGAAGUGAAUAUGCUCGAACUCCCGUUUUGCUCCAGAUGAAAUUAUAUCUUGUACUUUAUGUAAUAAUGCAUUUUAGUUGGCUACUUUUUUUAGAGUGGGGUUUAAACAUGGUACCUGAAAGAUAUAAAUUGCGUUUAAUAAUGUUGACUGAACGUCAAUGUGGAUUUCCUUAUUGGUUUUGGCGCACCUAACCCGCGCCAUUGAAUCGACACGGAAGAAUAAAAAUAAUUAAUCUUUUAUAUGAAGCAGCCUCAAGAUUCUUCAUUUGUAUCAUCUCGGUCAUGCAGCUUGAGAUAUUCACCGUUUAAACAGGCGCUUCAACGAAUUGCUCGGCUGAGGAUACGACAAAGCACGAUGCUGAAGUUAGCAUCCGAUUCGCAGCUGGAGAUUGCUGUGUAAAGGGCUAUUUCACCAAAUUCAGCGACUGCACAAUCUUUAUUCCGCUAAAAUAUAACGUAUGGUUAAACCUAUUUUAUGCUCAUUACAUAUUCUUAAGAAAUACACCUUGUCAUAUGUGUAUGCUUUCUUUUUAUUGUGGGGAAAGAACAAGGGUGAUUAUUUAGUUUUUUAGCCCCCCAUUUGAAAUGCAUUGCCAGUUAUACAAAUCAAAAACGGUAUUUUUGUCGAAUUUGUCAUUAGUGUUGAAUUAUUUCUCCCAGGUUUGACCUGUCUGGUGUAGUUUAAGAGGUACGCCAUGUCAGGUGGCUUGAAGCCUAUUAAAAUAGUUAAAGAAAAUGCUUUAUCCCUUUUUGAAUUGAAUGACUUUUUCACAAAUUACAAUCUGUGUUUUAUGGAAUAUGUAAAGAGUUUAAAUUAAUCCAGUUCAAGGUUUGGUACUCUAAUCGUUUCAGAUUUUAAAAUGGUCAGGAUCAAAAUGUUCGAGUUGUUAAAUGCGGUGAAAUGGCCCCUUAUUCAAUGAAAAAAAAAAAACAUCUUGCAGUUUGAUGCUAAGUUCAGUGUCGAAAGUGAAGUUGUUCAACUUUAGUGGUAGGUUUACAAACCCUUCUGCUGAAGUAUGAACCAAUUACUGGCUUUAUUUAACAAGUGAUGUCCUUUCAUCUUGUGAACAGCAGUGAGUUUUAGCCUCAAUCACCUUGUGACUUGUUGAAAGCCUGGUUAAUCAGUUAGUAGUAUGCCGAAGGGUACUGCCAUAUCUGGUUUUCAGGAAAGAUAAUUACAUAUCGUCAUUAAUAAGAUGUCCAUGCAAUUCACCUUAUUCUUAUUUUACAUUGUGUUCUGAAAUAUGUAGUUCAAGGGUCUCAGGUUUGUUCAGGUGCUACUUGGUGAUGGAGGUGAAUACAAAUGAAUAGUAGCUUCAUCUUGAGGUUGUUUUGGUUAACCUAGAUUUAUUUUAUUUUGGAGAGAAAGGGGAGAUUAUGGGUGGAUUUAAUUUUGAUUAUGACCUUUUCACAUUCAGUGGUGUUAUGUUCACUGUGAUGAAAGAAAAGUAAUUAUUUGAACAAGAUUACUUUCUUUAUUGCAAUGAGUAAAAGAUGUAAGCUGAGCAGCAGUUCACAAGACUGUUGAAUCUUUCGUUUUCAUUGCAACCUUAUGCUUUAUGAAAUUACCAGUAAGACACAGUAGUGAAUGUGGAACCACUGAAAGUGAAAUUCAUUAAACUGACAGUUGAUCAUUUGUAAACUUUAACAUUUGUCAGAAAAUCCUGAUGAAAAUUUGAAAAAGCGUGCCGUUUUAAUUGUAGUCAUAUAUUCUUCAUCCUUUUCUUUUCCAUUAAGGUUAAGGUUCGACGAAGAAAAUGCAGAAGAAGUCUCAUGUCCACUUUAUUUUCAGUAAUAUGAAGCUCAGAUGUGUGAAGCUGAAUUGUUGAAUGCAUGCUAAACAUGAGGAGGGAAGAACUUUGAGCAGUGUGUGAGAAGGGGGAAGUCAGAAGAUGUAAGAAAAUUGAAGAAAGAAGAAUAAUGUGAAGUAAUGAAGUUACAGAAAUGAAGUUAAGGAAGUAAUCUGGAUAAGGUCACUGCGCUAAGAGUCUCGCUCCGCUUCCAGGAGCGCGAGUCCCCGGGGCUCUGGGAAGACGGCAAGCCGCUCCCCACCUCGUUCGCCGGCCCGUUCAAAAGAUGGAUCCCACCAUUCCCGCUCUAAAUCCUGGUCUCGCUCCAGGUCAGGCUCCCAUUCUCAUCGUGGCUCUCGCAAGCACUACAGCCAUUCCCGGUCCCGCUCCAGGUCCUACCGGCGCAAAUCUCACAGCAGAUCCUACAGUGGAGAGCGCCGGCACAGAAGCUUCAGUCAUUCACCCAUGUCUAAUCGGCGAAGGCACAUUGGCAAUCGGGCUAAUCCAGAUCCAAAUGCAUGCCUGGGAGUGUUUGGCCUGAGCCUGUACACCACAGAGAGGGACCUGAGGGACGUCUUCUCUAAAUAUGGGCCCCUGGCAGAUGUUUGCAUCGUGUAUGACCAGCAGUCGAGGCGCUCCAGGGGCUUUGCUUUUGUUUACUUUGAGAACAAAGAUGAUGCUAAAGAGGCAAAGGACCGAGCUAAUGGCAUGGAGCUGGAUGGUCGCAGAAUCCGUGUGGAUUUCUCCAUCACAAAGAGACCUCACACCCCAACCCCGGGAAUCUACAUGGGGCGACCCACAUAUGGCGGAGGCGGUCCCGGUGGACCACGGCGCAAUUCACGUGACUACGACCGUGGAUAUGACCGCGGAUACGAUAGAGGCGGAUAUGAUCGUUAUGACGACAGGGAUUACUACAGAUCAUACAGACGAAGGUCACCUUCACCCUACUACAGAGGAGCAUACAGAUCCCGGUCAAGAUCCCGGUCCUAUUCUCCUCGUCGAUAUUGAGCAGUUCAGGCAGACAUAAAUCUCUUCUUUCCAUGGACAGAUGAGAUGUUUCUCCUAAAGAUUUGUUUGACUUUAUUGUAGAUACUGUAUUCUCAAGGGAACAAAUUUGUUUCUUUGAUAUGGAGUUUAAUGAGGAAAUUAUGAAGUCCAGUGAGAGCAGAACACCAGCAGUGUAAGCUAACUGACGUGAAAAAGGACCGCCGAAAACCUUUUCACUUACCACCCCUGAGGCAGUUAUCUUUCUGCACAAUGUGAAACCAAGGAGUUGCCUGUUUGCUUAUUUCUGUUUGUUUUUGUGUAAUUUAGUGUUAAAAACAUUUAUUCUGAUGUAACCUUUGAGAAUUCCUUACACGGCGCUGGGCCUCCAUCUCCAAUUUAAGAGACCAAUUUCUCAUCCAACUCCACAUUAAAGAAACCAAACUGUCCCACAAAGAUAAUCCCACUCUUCCUUAUGCUUAUCAGUGAAAAUGGAAUGACAUGUGAAGGAGUCCCAUCAUUGUUUUAAAUGUACAGCCCAGGUCUGUUGUAAAUAAUUUAUGGGUUUUGUUGUGUACCUACUUGAGUGAAAAUUCAACAACUUUGAACAAAUUAAAAGGGAGUUGGGUUUUUUUUCCCACCA